CAUUUUAAUAAAAUGGAAAGUACGAUACAUCAAAUUCUAUCCAGCCAAAAUCAUUUAAAACCUCUAGCAGACACAAUGCUUUACAGGGGGUCUAGCAAAUGACCAGGUCUAUAUUUUGCGGACUAAGGGGUAAGACGUUGGGCAUUUCCUUUCCUAAUAUCUAUUACUCUGUCUGCAGGUUCCAAGCUUAGAGACUAUAUUUACGUAUCAUACCAUUAUAUCCUGUUUGUUUUGCUGUUUCUAUAAACUAUCGGGCCAGAGAGAGGGACUUGAGCUGCAGGACAGGUCCAUAAUCAAAAAAGCAUAAUAUGAGCUUUUCUGAAGAUUACGAUGGCUCACGCCAGGACAGACGCACAUGCUGGGGAAAGUGUCUGUGCUGGUGGUCUGGAGCUAUGGCAAAUGAAAUGUAUCUGGAGGAAAUCAAGGCUGGACAAAAAAUACACAACAUCUUAGGUGCUCCUUGUGCAUUCCUGAAUAGGUUCUGCUUUAGUGUAUAAACAGAAUAGUGGGUUGAGUGCAGUUUAGCCCACCUGCCAUGAAUUAUAUUGCUGAGGAACAAUAUAUUUGAUUCCCAAAUGAUUUCUAAUGAACAAUUGCACACUUCAUUAAACAUAUAUCAAAUCUGAUGGGUGUAACUCAUCCCUUGGUUACUUUUCAGUAUUUCUGAGAACUUUCAGUCAUUUAAUGUCAUUGUCAUUUAUUUCCUAGCACCAGUAAAAUUGGGAGGAUUAUUUAUUACAAGGUCCCCUACCUGUUUUUAUUUUUGCAGUUUUUGAUGGACACAUCCGUUUUGGAAAAGUGUUUCUCCACAUGAGCACUGUCAAGACCAUUGAGUGUUGCAAUGAUUUUAAAUAAUUGAUUUCUAUGUUUAACCAAACACGUUCAGGUUUAGUGUUACAGUAUAUAAAUACAAUCUUGUGUGAACCAUAGAUGUUAGUUUGAGGACUCCCUCAAAGGGUUCCAGUCUACUCCCACCGGAAGAAUGCCAGGCAGCAUAGAACAUCUAGUGCCCUGGCUAUAAUAAAAUAUCAUCACAUGUUGCAUGGAUGGACGUCAUUUUAUUUGCCACAAUAAAUAAGGAAAUUCUCAUAUAAAGUAAGAUGGUUCCACCUAGACUUAUGUCAAGAUAAGUCCAUUCAAUCAUUCAUUAUGUAACCAGGAAGAAGUGUUUUACACCUGUUUUAAAUGACACAUGAGCAUAUAUAGAAUGUGACUUGAUUUAUCUUUUCUAAAGUCUACUAUUCCCUAAGUUAAAACAUCCCCAACUUUUUGGGGAUUUUUCACAAGAUCAGAAUCAAUCUUCAGGAAGUUGUAGAGAAGAGCAUGUCCUAAAAUGGACUAUAAUCACCUAUUUAUUCACACAGUUCCAGACAUUCCAUACCAAAUGUUAUGUGCUUGAUAAAUUAUGCAUCUCAAAAUUGGACAAAGAUAUGCCCCCUGAAACUUAACACUAGAUCGAGCUGACAAGGUCAAAAUCUGUCGUUCUGCCCCUGAACAAGGCAGUUAACCCAAUGUUCCUAGGCCGCCAUUGUAAAUAACAAUUUGUUCUUAACUGACUUGCCUAGUUAAUAACACUAUUUUGGGUUAAACAGCCCUGGCCUGGACCACAGGUAUAGUUAUCCUUGCCCUACAACAUCUCCAGGACAUACUUAUCCCUCCUCCGGCUCUCUACCUCCUCAGAGGAACACUGGUUUAGUCCAUGACUUCAUAGGUGGAUUUACAGUCACUUGUGGUCUUCUGAAUACUUUUACAAUGAUCUAUUAAUCGCCCCAAAGAUAUGUAUAAAAUGUGUUUGGCUCAGGAGCAGACUGGAGUAAUGGGGAAGGUAUGUUUUUGCAGCUGAAAGAUUCCAAACCUAAUUUCUUAAGGGUUGAAUUCUUGCCCCCUCCACACCCCUCAACAGACUGCAUAGUUUCACUUCCAGGGCUCAGGUAUGCACACAGUAGGGAUUAAACUGUGGCCUUGUCAUCUUAAUAAAUGCCACUACCUAAAUCCCAUCAUUCAGCAGGGAUUUAAAGCAUAAUUUGUCCUGUAUUCAUUGGCGGUGUGUUUUACCAUGUUGACUAUUCAUUGAAUUUGGAAUUCUCUCCAGGUGUGUAUUAUUCCUUUGUACACUACAUAAUUAUAUAGAACAAUACAUUUCCAGUAGCUACUGCUGUAAGAUACAAAACAAGAUAUGAAGUGUCUUAACGUUACAGUAGUUAAUAGCUUAACACUUCCUUGUAUUCACUGGAAGCAUUUAUUCUAAGGUACAUUAAACAGUAGGUAUUCAGUCUCAAAAUGAAAAGACUAAUGUUAUUUGGGUUUUCCAGUCCAAAAGGUUAUUUGGGUUUUCUUGUCCAAAAGUUGUUUUUUCUCUCCAGUUUUUUGUUUGUUUUUCAGACAAGAGUUUUAUUUCAUUUGUUCAGUUUUAACUUUGUGUAUAUUUUAUGUAUAAAAUAUUUUUAUAGCAUUCCUUCCACUUCCUUUUUCAACCUUGUUUAUUUAAUUGAAUACCAAAGGCAUUAGAGAACGGGCUGUAAUUCUGCAAUAGUUUCAUUGCUUUGUUAGAAGGGAGGUUUCUGACAUCGUAGGGAGCAUCAGCUGGGUUCUAAUGACACCCAACCUGCCAAAGCAAACGGUCUCUUCCCAAAGCCACCACUCUGGGUCUCCAGGUCAUUCAAUCCUCAAACGCCAACCAGUGUUAACUUGGUAUCCAUUUCCUCUAACAUAAGCCAUUUUAUAUUUGACAUUUUAUUAUUUAGUUAUAGUUGUGAAUUUGGGGGCUUGUCCCACUCUGGUCCUAAAGGCAAUUAAGUAAUGCACUUGCCAACUUUUGCUAUUACACUUUGGAUGCCCAUUUCUGACACCAAAUGUUGUAAAUUCAUGGGUUAGCCUUCUGGGACUUGCAUUUGUCAGUCCAAGACCUUUGCCAUUAAACCAAGAGAGGUUCCAAACCUCUUGACAAGGUUGUUAGGUGUUGUAUUGAGAAUGUUAGAAUCGCUUCUAUACAAAGUCUGUCACAGUUGAGACUAUGAAAUAUCGAAGAUAUAAUGUACAUUCGUCUGGCAGAUCAGCUCCUGUUUUCAAUAUUUCUCAUAAUCUUGUGAUCUGUCUAAUGGUAGAGAGCUGGUUGCCAUUUUAUGUCAUCGUCUGACUAUUGACAUCUGUUUUUAACAUAUUUAGUUUAAAUGAAAAUCAUAACAGGAGCAGAUACUUGUGUUUUCUCCUGGUAAUCACACCCUGCUGCUGUUGGUUCAACUCACUCUUUAAUAAUGUGAAUUGUUGAUGCUUGAACCACAGAUAAGCUAAAGCCUUCAAGCGUACGGUGGUGGUUGGUUUUGGAAACAGGCUGCAUGUAACCUUCUUGCAUUUUGAACCAUGUCGGUAAUACUGAUGCCUUAGUCAUUUGCAUGGAUAAAAACCACAUUAAUGUAUUACAGGACACCAGUGGAGGCUGAUGAGGGGAGGACGGCUCAUAAUAAUGGCUGGAACGGCACAAAUGGAAUGUCAGAUAACACAUGGAAUCCAUGUGUUUGUGUUUGAUAUGAUUCUGUUCUGUUCCAGCCACUACCACGAGCCCUCCUCCCCAAUUAAGGAGCCACCAACCUCCUGUGCAGUACACUGUAACAUUUGUCUUAUAAGUAGUGUAUCACAGGCUGUGUGGUGUUCCCUGUAUUGCACAGGAGUUUGGUGGCACCUUAAUUGGGGAGGAGGGGCUCGUGGUAAUGACUGGAGCGGAUUAGGUGGAAUGGUAUCAACACAUCAAACACAUGGUUUCCAGGUGUUUGAUACCAUUCCAUUAGCUCCGUUACAGACAUUAUUAUGAGCCAUCCUCCCCUCAGCAGCCCCCACUGAUGUAUUGUGCUCUAGAAUUGUCGGAACUAGAAGCACAAGCAUUUCGCUACACUCACAUUAACAUCUGCUAACCAUGUGUAUGUGACAAAUAAAAUUUGAUUUGAUGAUUUGAUUUGAUUUAGCAGUGGGUCACACCUACAACAAGGUAGAUCACUUUUCAUGACUGCAUUAGAGAAUCUCAGAAAUCUGAAUUAUUUUAAGAGCUUUGGAAAGCACCUUUUGAAGAGUGGGAAAGACAGAAAUGAACACAGUGAGUGGGGCACUGGAGGAUGAGGGAGGGGAGAGAGAGGGAGAGUGUGUGUGUUUGAGGGAGAGUGUGAGCAGGAGGGAGGGAGGAAUAUAAGAGACACGGCAAUAGAGGGGAAGGUAAUACAGCGGAGAACUUCCCUGUCAGACUCACCAUGUUUCUGCUGCAGACUGUGACUGUUAUUUCUCUGACUGUCGUUCUCCUGGACGCAGUGGAAGGUGAUGGGGUACAGAUGCAGAGAGACGUUCAGUGCUGUAUGCAGUACUCCCAGGGGAAUGUGCGCACCAAAGACGUGCUGAGGUUUGAAGUGCAGACGGAGGGGCCAGACUGCAGCAUACAAGCUAUCAUACUGUACACCAAGAAGGCGGUGAAGUGUGCUGACCCCAGAGAUAGAAGGGUCAAGAGGUUACUGAGGAAGCUGCUCCAGAGACAGAGGACCAAAGCACAUAGGACCAUGUGGCUCCACCCUCAUGGCAACCUGCCAGUCAUGUCAGAGGAUAAGAAGGAUGGGUGGGAUGCCCUCCAUGUGGAAUGAGUGUGAGGUUGCUACCACAGAAGGAAAAUUAUUGUCAUAGGCCAAGUAAACUUCCAGCGGCUUCUCAUCCUAACUCGGCCAAGCUUGCUGACUCUCCAGUCGUCUCGUGUCACUAUCUAUCUGGCUGGGAGUGUGUAGUGGCUGAGCUGUCAUCGCCAUACAUUGCGGAGUCCCUGAGAGGUUUUGAUAUAUAGCUAAAUGUCUUUUACACACUGUCGCUAACUAUGCCAAAGUAUUUGCCAAGUAUUUGUGAUUACUCUUUAUUCCGAGAAACCGGUGUUCACCAUCUAUGUAUGGCUGUUCAACUACAUAGACGGCUUGUUCUCGCCUGAAACACAAUGUCAUUUAGAAAAUGCACUGUAUGUUGAAACACAUCUUCAGAGGAUCCUUUAUAAAUAAAUUAACCUGAAAGAGUUAGAUUUU